AUGAAAGGUCUACGGAUAGUGGUAUAUGUAUUAGGAGCAGAGUCCUUGAAUAUAGAUGACAUUAGCAUGCCGGAGGAAGGUCUUGAUCACAUUAUACAUGCGCAGAAUAUAUCACACGUCUUUCUCCUGGGAUUUCCAAAUCUUCACAACCUUGACAGUUUUUUGUUUCUGUUCCUGCUCCUCAUUUACUGUGUAACUAUAUGCGGUAAUGUUAUCAUCAUUAUAUUAGUUUCAGUUAGCAAAAAUCUCCACUCUCCCAUGUAUUUCUUCAUCACACAAGUGUCUGUACUGGACAUUCUAAUGACCACAGACGUUCUCCCUAACUUGCUUCACAUUGUCCUGCAUGAUGGUGGCUCCAUGUCACCCGGGGCCUGUUUAUUACAGUUCUAUGUGUUUGCCAACUGUGAGACAUCAGAAUUUCUCAUCCUAGCUGUAAUGUCAUAUGACCGAUAUCUGGCUAUCUGUAACCCACUGCGAUAUAACGCUAUAAUCAACAAAGAGUUUUGUGCAAAAUCUGUCAUUUUAUCGUGGUUAUUAAGUUUCUUGUUGUUGUUGGUGAAUGAAAUAGAUAUUUAUAAAUUAGGCUUCUGUGGACCAAUGGUUAUUGACCAUUUCUUCUGUGAUUUCCCUCCUAUUCUAGAGCUUUCUUGCACAGAUACAUCACUUAUUCAAAUUCAUGCAACUUUAUUUGGCAUUAUUGUUGUCAUCUGUCCAUUCACCAUUAUAACGGUUUCUUAUGUGUAUAUUAUCACCACCAUCCUAAGCAUCCGCUCCAUCAGCGGGAGACAGAAAGCCUUCUCCACCUGCAGCUCCCACCUGACUGUUGUGUGUAUAUUUUUCGGGACUAUCUUUUUGGUGUAUAUGGUUCCAUCAAAAGGACAAUUAUUGGAGGCCAGCAAGGCAUUAUCACUGCUUUAUACUGUUGUGGUACCAUUGCUUAAUCCAUUCAUAUACAGCCUGAGGAAUAAAGACUUCAAGAGAGCUUUUGAAAGACUGAAAUAUAAUAUAAUUUAG